AUGACUGACCAUGUGGGAAAGGUUUUUCUGCCAGGUGAUAAAUUAGAAAAUUUAAAUGUUUCAGAGAAAACUUCGAAAGCCAUUCUAGGUCCCGGUUUGAGACAAGAAGCAGAAGAAAUAGUUGUGUCGAAACCCGGCGUGCUUCGACACAAAGAACCGAAUAUAUACUGGAUUGACAGCCAUCAAAAAAGGUAUGUGCCAGUCAGAAGUGACUCUGUGAUCGGGGUAGUGAGCGCCAAGGCAGGUGAUGUGUUCAGGGUGGACAUUGGGGGCAGUGAGAUGGCUUCACUCUCCUAUCUCUCAUUUGAGGGGGCCACUAAAAGAAACAGACCUGACGUUAAGGUAGGUGACCUCGUGUACGCAAAACUGUUGGUGGCCAACAAGGACAUGGAGCCAGAGCUUGUGUGUAUCGACAGUGCCGGGCGAAGUUCAGGCCUCGGGGUGAUUGGAAGAGAUGGGGGAUUUCUCCACUCCUGUUCACUCAACCUGACAAGGAAAAUCCUGUCUUCCGACUGUCCACUCCUAAAACAGCUGGGGAAGAGCACACACUAUGAGAUUACAACUGGGAUGAAUGGGCGCCUAUGGGUGCGGGCACGAACUGUGCUACUGACCAUCACCAUCAUUAAUGCCAUAGAAGCCUCCGAGUUCAUGUCCAACCAACAGAUUAUGGCCAUGUGCAAGAGACUGGCUGAUGCAUUCACUGAGAAAGACUGAAUAGUUUUGUUUAAGGAUAUUAUCUAAAAGUCAGUGCUGGUGAUAUGCUGAACAUGGCAGCUAUGUGACUAAUCUUGAAAAGGCAGCAUCCUGUGUCAUGACCAUAUCAUCAUGAUCAUAAAUUGUGGCAGGGGUGUAGGAAAAUAGAACUAUUUAUAUUAUCCUUAUACAGACAACACCAUCCAUAAAUGCUAUAUCCACCAGAAUAAGGUCAUCUCUGGGCACAGAUGAUGGUUGUAUGCAUUCAGUGUCGCAUCAAACUUACCUGAUUUUAUAAAACAGUUUAUAAUAAUUUGUGCAAAAUAAUGAGGUAUAAAAAAUGCCAUUACUGGGACACCAAAAAGCAGACAUUUGAAAAAAACUUUGGAGAGCUUUCUUAACGAAGCACUCCCAACACUCUCGUAAUUUCUUACCUCAUGAUGUGGAAAGGAGUAAAUUUGUGCUUGCUUUUAUUGACACACUUUCAUUUUGAACUGUGUUUAAAAACUGAAAAGCACAUUUACGUUUUCUGAUUAUGGUCUCAUACCACAGAGAAAGUAUGAAAUAUCAUAACAACUUUCUUAAUUGGCCAGGUUUUAUUUUUCAAAUUUAGGAGUAAAAUCAAGGCUUUCAAUUUCUUGCACAGCCAGAAUGGGUCUGUUUCAAGUUAAGCGCAUUAAUAGCGUAAAGCAUUGUAGAAAGAUCACAAACUGCAUCCAUAUACAGUUCGUUGCCUGCCAAUUUUUAUGUUUACAAUAAGUCAUAAAUGUCAAGUUUUGUUAUGUGAUCUAAAACAUAUUGAGCCCAGACUAUCACCUGCCCAAAAACAUUCUAGGUCACAGUUUUGUUCGUUCACAAAAUGAGUUUACAAAAUGCACAAUGGGAUUAUUUUAUUACUGCUGUAACCUCGACAUAUCUGCUAUUGAAUGGAUUUCACUAUCGGUGGGUUUUCCUGUCAUUAAGACAAGAACCGUUGUAAACGCAGUUUAAGCUCUGAAGCAAGUCAGAUAGGGGUUACUGAUUUUAUUUUAAUACCAAACCAACAAAAUACUUAUCAGAUAAAAGAAGAUUGUAUGCAAAAUAGUGGUGUAACUUAUAAAUAAAUAUAUAAAACAAAAUGUGU